UUCCGUUUGAAUGUCCCGUUGAGCUCACCGGAAAUUGGCUCCCUAUUUCCACUUAUGACAUGAAAUGGGUUAAACCGGGUCUAUACAAUGACAUAAAAAUCAACCAACUUGUUUUUUCACUUAUAACACUAAUUGAGGUGCUGUUGAUUUGGAUCAUCAUCGGUGAAAUACUCUGAAGUUAAGGUUGUUUUUCUAAACUUUAAAAUAAAACAUGAAACAUCCGGUUAAGAUUUACCUGUCCCUAUUGUUUAUGCUGCCGCUGUUUGAGGCUUUAAAUCAAACGACCCAGGUGAUGAGAAAAGGUUCCCGGAGAGAAACGCCGACUCUGCCGCCGCCAUACCUGCACCUCCCCGCGUUUGUGGACUCCAGGUUGCCGCUGGUGGAGAAGGAGCAUAUCUCUCCAUCCAAAGGCACAGGACUGGAGCCUUUACCCGAGCCCGUCCGGGAGAUCCUGUUCCCGGUUUGGCCUAGCACCAGUCCGCCCAGCGUUUCGAGUGUUUCCGUGAGGACUAUGUGCAAGUUUAACAAGAUGCUCGUGCAGGUGCAGAGGAGCAUUAUGGGCGCCGGUGAACCAGACUCUCAACUCAAACUGGGGACAUGCCAAGCCAGUAAUUCCACGAGGGAUUACCUUUAUUUUGAAUAUGACAUUGGCAUGUGUGGAACCAGACGCACGAUAAUUAAUAAUCAGCUGGUCUUUUCAAACACACUACAUUAUGACCCACCAAGGCUCCAAGGACCAAUCAGGCGAGCUGUGCCUUUCACCCUGCGUGUUGCAUGUUCUUAUAACAGGUACCAAUACUCCUCCAAAAUUGGCUACACACCAAAGAUACAGAUGCGCAAGAUCUUCAUACCAAUGAAGAACAGAGCUAGAUUUUCUCUGACUCCACAAAAUGCUCAGUGGGAAAGUCUUUCUCCGUCAGAUCAGUACAUGCUCGGGAACCCCAUGUACUUUGAGGCCAAUGCUCCGUCCAUGUCCCAAGACGAAAGAUUGUAUGUUCACUUGUGUUACGUGACUCCUGAGAAGUCCCACACCUCCAUGCCUCAGUUUGCAGUCGUGAAAAACUUUGGGUGUAUGGUUGAAAGCAACUACAGUCGCUCCAGAUUCAUCCCGUACAAAAACAAUGCUGUGAGAUUCUCUGUGGAUGCCUUCUUGUUCACAGGAAUGAUGGAGCAGCAGUUCUACAUGCACUGCUCCAUGUCUGUUGGCAGUUAUGUCCCCACACCUGCAGCGAAGUCCUGCAACUAUGACACAAAAACAAAGCGAUGGGUUGAGCUGUAUGGACUAGACUCUGUGUGCACCUGCUGCGACUCCAACUGUAUCUCUGCUGCACCCAAAGUGACCAAAAUAACCAGCAGCAGGCCAUGGACAAUACAGCCUAAAGUGAAAGCCACUACAGCCCCGACGAGGACAGUCCCCACCACAACAACAACAACAACAACAACAGCAGCACCACAACAACCAGAGACGACCAGAGAGGUGACUCAAUGGAGGGCGAGUUCACAGCCUGAAGUGAUAGCAGUGACUCUGAUGGGUAAGGUGAAGAACACGGGGAAGGAGUUGGAGUGGCUAUUUGGAGGAGAAGCAGUGCCAUGGGUUGAGAUGGAAGAGGAGCAGCAGGUGAAGGGCUUUGCCGUUGUGGUGGUGGAGGAGAAAGAGGAGGUGGUCACACAACCUCGCACAAUAUUUGAAGACCUCUUUGAAUUUGACAAAUAAAGCUGACGUUUGUACGAUAA